UCAAACAGUCUUUGACGGUUGAGCAAAGUGAAAAGAUGUAUUUGUCUGCUUUCUGUUAAGAAAUCAAACAAAAAUUUACACAAUAAAAGAAAAAACGAAAAUUAAUAAGAAAAAAAGAAAAGAAAGAGGCAAUGAUAUAAAACAAAAAGAAAAUAUUUUUAAACGCCGCGUACCAAACGAAGUGUAAAAACGAAACCAAAACGCGAAAACGAAUCUUUUGUAGAAAAAAAAAAACAAACAAAAAAUCAAAAUAAGAAUCGCUAAGAAAACCGAUGCCAAGUUAGCAACACACGAAGUGCAAAAUCAACAGCAAAAAAAAAAAAAAAAAAAACACAAAUGUGGCAUGGUUUAGGCCAAACACGAAACCAAACAUUCAAGUUGCAUACAGUUUAGUUUUAGACCAACAACAAGAUCAGCAGCAAAAGCAAGCAACCAAGUGCAAUUUUAAAUGUUUAGCUAGUGUGGAAAUUUUUACUGUUGUAGUUGUUGUUGCUGCUGGCAUUGUGGAUAGUUUACGGUCAUUUGUGCAGUGUUGCAACAUAAAUGCAUUUGCCCAUGUGCAUCAGUUAGGCAUGGUCCGUCACGAAAGACGGUCGAUGGCCGCAACUGCAAUCAGUAUAAUGUGUGCCAAACGUAGAAAAGCGCGGUGUUUACGAAAUUCCUUAAUAUCUUGGUUUACACUCCUCGUCUGUUUAGUGCAAUUUCACAAUGUGACAUUGGCCUUCGAUGACGCGGAAUUGGCCCACUAUGCUAAUGAAGCGGAUGUGGCGGGUGUGGGUCGUACCGCCCACGAGCCCAGAUUCGGUGAACGUUUGCUACCGUUGCGCAAAAAAUCCAACGUUAAUAUUAGCGGGAAUAAUCGAAAUUUGUUGAACAAAUCUUUAAAUCAAAAUAAUCAUGCAAUAAUAAGUGUAAGCACAGAGAAAAGUGUAAAUAGUCUAUUGAAAAGAAGUAAUUAUAUAGUGAGUCAGGAUAGUGACAUAAAAGUGAGAUCGAAUAAUAAACAAGUGACUAAUAUAAAACAUAAUAGUGAUCAUAAUAGUUUAGGAUCGGAAACUGAAGCAUUUACGCUUUCGGUGGCUGCUUUAGAGGAACAAACUUUGGAAACUAUAACACCGGCUACUACCAGAAAGAGACAAGCGAAGCAGUUGAGCCGAAGAGAAGAUAUAAAUGUAGCAGAGGCGGUACUGGUGGCCAAUGUUUCCAAAGCCGAUCGUUUGGUGGAAAUGUCCACAGAAUUUUUUGUAGUGCCAACCAGCUCAACAUUGCCACCAGCCAGCACUUUGGUACCCUCAAGAACUGGCUCCAAGGCCAGAGGUUUACCCAACUUUAUACAACCCUCAGUAACCGCUCCGGGAGGACCUCGCUCGGUUUUAAUAGUGGCCCCCAAAACAGCUGCUGGAGCUAAUAGUACAGCCACACCACCCACUAUAAUAUCGACUCAUCUUAACUUUACCGGUUUACGUAAGGAACCCUGGGUAGUGCCGGUAUUGGUACUGGCUUCUUUAACCAUGCUUAUGAUGGCAGCCUUUGAAAUAUUUGUGCUGUUUAAGGCUUGGAGAACCUCACCCUCAAGAAGGCAUCUUUUCUUGGGUCAAAUGUUACUACUGGGUUUAUUUGCCUGUGCGGGCUUAGGAGCCAUUAUAACCGCCCAACCCUCUUUGUUAACCUGUGGCACUAUACGUUUUGGUGUGGGUGUAGCCUAUGCCUUGGUAUUUGCCGCUUUACUGGUGAAAUGUGUUUUUCUUAUAAGUCUUAAUGGUGGUGUGUACUUGCCAGCUCCCUAUCAAGGUUUGCUGUUACUCUUUGCAGUGCUGAUACAAGUGGCUAUAGGAGCCCAAUGGCUGAUAACUUCACCCCCAGAGUUAUUUACCUUAUCUGUACCUUUUGGUGCUAAUAGUUUACUGGCCUCUACCAUGACGUCACAAAGUGAUCAUACAUCUUCUUCAUCAUCAUUCGCCUCUAUGUUUCAUGCUAGCGCUUCGACGGAUAUGUAUGCACGCAUUACCACGGCGGGCACAGUAUUAAUUCCCCUAUGUAAAACCCAAUUUUCGGAAUUUCUAUUUUCUCUUAUUUAUAUCAUAUUCCUGAUAGUAUUUGUCUCGGUUUUGGCUAUCAAAUCAAGAGGUAUUAGAGAUAAUUAUAGAGAAGCUACUUAUAUAGGUUUAGCCAUUGGUGGCGCUAUACCUAUAUGGUUGGGUUGGAUGUUGUGCGGUUUGGCGGUAGCCGAAAGACAUAAAGAUGCUUGCAUAGCAUUCGGCUUGGUAGCCACAUCGGCUACUGUAUUCCUGGUAAUGUUUAUGCCCAAGGGCCGUCAAUUGGCCGCCAUGGGCAAGGAGGGCCUGUAUGUAGAGGAUCGGGAAGAACAAUUUAGUUCUUUAAGUCGAGGCGGUUCGGGUUAUUCACCUUCUUUUUUCCACUUUAAACCCAUCAAAUAUGGAGUAAUGGGCGGCGGCGGAGGAGGCUUUCAAAAUUCAGCUUCUAAUUCGGGGAAUGGUGUUAAUAUGAAACAUUCUUCAAAUGGGUUAAAUGCAGGAGAUCGGGUUGCCUUAGUAACUGCUGCACCACCGAGUUAUACACGUAUGUAUCACUAUUUUCCAGCACACUUGACAACGCACCCGUUUUGUUUUUAUCCUCAACCCCCACCUCCACCACCAUUAGCACCACCUACCAUGACACAAUUGCCAGCUCCGCCAACACUUAAACAAUUGGGCAAUUCGUUGAGUUCUAUGACACAAGCACAUAUAGCACAAACAUUAAGAUAUCCAGGUUUAUUUAUACGUCCCGAUGAAACCAAUUUGUAUACAACUUUGGAACCUACUUUAAGCAGUAAUCCCAAUGUAUAUUUUCAACGUGGCGGUGCUGUUCAUCCCGGCAUGAUGUAUUAAUAGAACUUUAAGUAAUCAUCCCCCCUUUUCUAUAAAUUACUGAAAUUAAUUAUAAGUUUAAACAAGUAAUUAUACAUAAUACUCAUUAUUAAGUACAGGGUCUCAAACAGCAUAUAAAACAGUUUUAAAACGAACCCUUUUAAUCAUACAAUUAAAGUUUUAUGAAAAAAAUAUAUAUAAACAAAAACAUCACCACCAUAUAUUUAAGUUUUAAAUAUUUUACAAAAAACACUCAAGACUUUUUUAAUUUAAUUUAAAAUAAAAUAUAAAUAGUUUUAAAUCAUGAAAAGCAAACGCUCAUUAGUUGUUAAGUUAUACAUUCUAGUUUCUUAAAAAAAAAACAAAAACUCCAGCGCCUAAAUACUUGAUUGUUUACUUUAAUGUCAAUAAUUAAUAAGUGUUUAGAAAAAAAUUUAAGAACUUAAAAUUUAA